AUGCGUCAGGAUGGCUGCGUCGACUCGUGUACCUUUUGGCCUGUAGCGGUGAAGAAAGUUGUGAAUCCCGAAUGCCUCCGAUCCAAAACCAUGGGCAUUGCACUGUCCAGGUCUGAUAAAUGUCGUAAUGUCUCCUCCACUGGGCUCCGGAGCUCUGUGCCGGGAGAAAACAGCGCCUCCUGUUCAGAAAUGAAUGGCAUCAUCAAACCUUCUCGCAACACCAUCAUUCAAGGCACCGGGACAAACAAUGAAGAGGAGCAGUUGCUUCCUGCCCUUCCAGAAAAAUCUGAUAUUAAGAGGGGUUACGUGACCCCACAGCAGGUGUAUAACUUGUUAAAUGCAGAAGCCGGUGAACCAGCCCUCCAUGACCCAUACUACAUCCUUAUUCUGGACUGUCGCUCUGCAGACAGGUAUAAGCAGAGUCACCUGGUUACAGCACGUGCAAGUGUGACCGUAAUUCACCCAGAUCUUGGCUGUUUGAUAAGCUGUGUCCAGCUCCAGGAGUUUUCCAUCAUUUUGCUGUAUGCAGAGGAAGGACAUAGUCCAGUAGGAGGUCAAGAGACAUGUGUGGACAACCCCACUCUACAACACUGCUUCUUUCAGCUGAGUACACUUGGCAUGGACCCUGUGAUCUUGCUUGGGGGCUACUCUGCCUUCCACACACUCUACCCUUUUCUCUGUACACCUCGGAUGGUCCUUCUUGAGUCCGAGCGCCGCCUGCUCACCAUCUAUCCAUCUGAGAUCCUCGAAGGGGCUCUGUAUCAAGGUUCUGCAUCACAAGCACAGGACUAUCGCAUCAUCAAGAACCUGCACAUCACACAUGUGGUCAAUGCCACAGCCGAGAUCUCAGACGCCUUCCCAAAUGUCCUGAGGUACCUCCGACUACGGCUCAGCGACGAUGCCCAACAGGACCUUCGCCAGGCACUUCCAGAAGCUUCACAUUUCAUAGCAGCAGCCCUGAGGGGUUCACCAGGAUCACCUGGAGGCCGUGUGUUAGUGCACUGCAGCAUGGGACGGAGCCGCAGCUCAGUAUUGACUCUGGGCUUCCUGAUGGAACAGCGCCGGUGGUCUUUACUUCACGCUUUCCGUUGGCUCAAAGAGAGGCGUACCUGUGCGGCACCGAAUGCCGGGUUCCUCCGUCAACUCUCAGACUAUGAGGAGCAGUUGUUUGGAAGGCGUCUAACCUUGCUCGAUGACAUUCGGCUAUAAACAAGGAGAAAAUCAGACAGAACAAUUUUUGGAAUAAAACGCCAAAGAUUUUUGAAGACCUUGAGUAUCUUUUGGCUUUGAUGGGGUGAGAGGGCUAGAAACUGGACAAGAACAAACUGGUUCAGUCCCAG